AUUUUGGAGUGUUCAUCAGUGACAGGUAGACUGUUGACUCGCGAGGGCUAAUUUCACUUCAGGCUGAAGUGCCUCUCGGUGGCAUUUUGAUUCAUUACAAAGAAACUCACAGUCGACGUUACAAUGUUGCCAUCCAGAAGCGUUUGGAUUUGUAUCCAGAGGGAAAAGAAGCACAUAUGCCAUCGCAGCAGCCAACAUGUUACGGGACUUCUGAAGUCUAGUGGCUCUCCUGUAAUCACCCCAUCUCCGCUCUCCUCAUUUUCCUUCAGCAAAUCUCUGUCCGGACUCUCAGCAGCUCGCCGGGGACUCAUACAGCGCAAAAUGUCCGAGAACGGGGUGACGGCGCGGAGGAGCAAGGUGUUGACCAUUGAUACCAUGAAUGCAACCGUGAAGAAAGUCGAGUAUGCAGUCAGGGGACCGAUUGUACAACGCGCCGUGCAAAUAGAGAAAGAGCUUAAAGAGGGUGCAAAAAAGCCGUUUACUGAGGUCAUCAAAGCCAACAUCGGGGAUGCCCAUGCCAUGGGUCAACAGCCAAUCACCUUCUUCAGACAGGUCCUGGCCCUGUGCUCUUAUCCAGAGCUGCUGAAGGAUGGCAACUUCCCAGAGGAUGCUAAACACAGAGCCCGUCGCAUUCUGCAGGGAUGUGGAGGGGAAAGUAUCGGAGCGUACAGUGGCAGCCAAGGCAUUGAGUGCAUACGGCAGGAUGUGGCCCGCUACAUCGAACGUCGGGAUGGCGGGGUGCCCUGUGACCCAGACAAUGUCUUCCUCUCCACGGGCGCCAGCGAUGGCAUUGUGACCAUGCUGAAGCUGCUGGUGGCGGGCGAGGGCCGGAGCCGCACCGGCAUCAUGAUCUCCAUCCCCCAGUACCCGCUCUACUCGGCAGCCCUGGCCGAGCUGGGAGCCGUGCAGGUCAACUACUACCUGGAUGAGGAGAAGUGCUGGGGCCUGGACAUCAGUGAGCUGCAGCGCUCUCUAGAGGCCGCCAGGCAGCAUUGCAACCCCCGCGCGCUCUGCAUCAUCAACCCGGGCAACCCCACGGGCCAGGUUCAAAGCAGGCAGUGCAUUGAGGAUGUGAUCCGAUUCGCUGCCAAAGAGGAUCUCUUCCUUAUGGCCGACGAGGUGUAUCAGGAUAAUGUGUAUGCAGAUGGUUGCCAGUUCCAUUCCUUCAAGAAGGUCUUGUUUGAAAUGGGACCAGAGUAUUCCAACACUGUGGAGCUGGCAUCCUUCCACUCCACCUCCAAGUGCUACAUGGGAGAGUGUGGUUUCCGAGGGGGCUACAUGGAGGUGAUCAACCUGGACCCCGAGGUGAAGGAGCAGCUCUCCAAGCUGGUGUCCGUGCGCCUGUGCCCCCCCGUCCCCGGCCAGGCCCUCAUGGGCCUUGUGGUGAACCCGCCUCAGCCUGGGGAGCCCUCCUACACCACUUUCAUGAAGGAGCGCACUGGCGUGCUGAGCACCCUGGCGGAGAAGGCCAAGCUGACGGAGCAGAUCCUGAACACGGUGCCAGGCAUCGCCUGUAACCCGGUGCAGGGCGCCAUGUACUCCUUCCCCCGCAUCACGCUGCCAGAGCGCGCCGUCAAGGAGGCAAAGGAGAAAGGGCAGGCUCCAGACAUGCUGUACUGCAUGAAGCUGCUGGAGGAGACGGGGAUAUGCCUGGUCCCAGGGAGUGGCUUUGGCCAGAGAGAUGGCACCUACCACUUCAGGUGAGUGGCUUUGGCCAGAGAGAUGGCACCUACCACUUCAGAAUGACCAUUCUACCUCCAGUUGACAAGCUGCAGAUUCUGCUCAGCAAAUUGAAGGAGUUUCACCAGAGAUUCACCCAGCAGUACUCCUAAUAUUGAGGUCUCUGUGACCAGUCAGUGAGAGCCUUCUUAACUCAUUUGACCAAUCAGAGGCACCCAUCUUAAAUUACUUGACUUGACCAGCCACAAGUGCCACAAUUAUUAACUCACCGGGUGCCUUGCUCAGGGCCAUUUUACUGCCAAACACAGGGCAUGUAGGGGCUAUGGUUAUGCCAGAAAGGAAUCAAGUUUGCUUAGCUCUAGCUAUCCUUUGACCUUCUGAUUAACAUGGAUAUGAGGCGGCAUUUUUAUUUGUUUUUAAAAAUGAGAUUCAAUUUAACAUAUCGAUUAGACUUAGCUGAUAUAUUACACUAAGUCUUCACAUAGAGGGAAUGGCACCAACUGACCUGAAAAGUGUGAUGUGUGUAUGUUUAUGUAUGUAAGUGUGUGUGUGUGUGUGUGUGUGUGUGUGUGUGUGUGUGUGUGUGUGUGUGUGUGUGUGUGUGUGUGUGUGUGUGUGUGUGUGAUAGAAGGAGAAAGAUAAAGUGAGAGAUAACUGUGACAACACUAUGUGUGUAUCAUUUUCAAUGUCACUCUUUUGGUACUGUAAUGUGGCAGACUACAUCAGGAACAUAUUCCAGGACGAGAGUAAAAGUAUGCACAUGGUGGAUAUGAAGGAUAAUGACAUGUCUAAAAGAAACGAAAAUGUGGCAUUACAUUGUUGUGCAAUUGUGCCUUCUUUGUGUAAACCAGUGUAUAGCUGUUUUAUACAUUUUUGUGAUUAAAAAUGUAUCCCUUC